AUGACGAACAAGAGCCGAUCGAAGAGUCAGCCUCCAAGAACUGCCCCCACUGAGCGCAGUGUGUCUCGUGGCCGGACUGCCCAUUCGAGGAAGAGCAAUAAUGAAAGACCGCCCUGGAAUAAUGAUACAACUGUCGACUACAACAAAACCGAAAUCAAGUCCGAGCCGGAGUACGGCCGGAAUGCAAAUGACGAGCAGGAAGCCUUGAACCAAAGCUGGAUGCAGAGCCUUCGCCCCGACCCGCUCGGCAGGCCAGCAUGGAAUAACGAUACCACAUUUGACUAUGAAAAACAUGAUAUCCAACCGGAGCCCGGGCGUAAUGCUAAAGAAGAACAGGCCAAACUCAACGAAACCUGGAUGUCAAGCCUGCGCGGCAGCUUCCACCCGAAU